AUGGGCAAAAAUUCGACCUCCAUGAUGGAACAGCAACCGGAUCCCUCACAUAUAGAAUUGGAACCUGAAACCGAGGCAUCUACUUUGGAAGAAGCUCUUAUGCUCCCAGAAGUUGGGAAUACGGAGCAAGGCCUCGCUUUGCAGCUGAACAAUGAUGCUGAAGCUAACACUGCUAUUUACGAUAACCAUGGAAUACAGGAGACUAUUGCACAAACUCAUUCACAGCCUCAGGAGAGGAUGAGUGCUAUGGGCAAGGCUUCAUCUACGGUUGAGGCGACUGGGGACGCUGCGGCUGGGACGGAGCAGCUGAUUUCCACGACUGAGCAUGACUCCCUCAAUUUUACUUUUGACGAUGAAUACUACGAUGAUCUCUCAGAGAGAAAUGAAGCAUUUGAGAAAAUAAAAUCAGAGUUUGAAGCUAAAAAAAACCCUAGCCUACUGGAGAAGGUGCAAUUUCAGAAGGCCCAGAAUGAGGAGCUUAAACGGCUGAAGAGGCUCAAGAGCCAGAAAGAAAAGCGUGAAGAAGAACCGGGUUAUGCGCCCUCAGAUGCUGGCCCUCCGUUGGGUUCCUUUUCCGCUAGCGAACUAAGCUUAGGCAACACCAAGUAUCAGCUCUUUUGCUCAGAUGAUGAUAAAGGAACCGCAACUAAGUCCACUGCGGGACGCGCAAAAAGCGAGGCAAAGCAACGGGGCAAAGGAAAGCAGAUAACGGCCGGAAACAAGAUCGACGCCAAGGUUAAGAGACAAACUGCGGCUUCCGGGUUUGAAGCCUUUCGACAGAGUCUUGUUAAAAGGAAAACUAGCGGCAAAGGCGUCCAUAAAGGGAAAUCGUCCCGUCAAAAUAAGCACGGCAAACAGCAACCUAAGAAAUCGAGACAAAACCGAAAGGGGGAGGUCGUCGACAUGAAUUUGCAUGGUUUGUUUUCAUCAGGUAUUGUCAAAGCUGCAAAGGCAAAUGCGGCUAAACCAGGGAUUCCCUCAUUUUCUGCGAAGGCAAAGGAUAAAGCAAUGAAGGAGCUUAUUGCCAAUAUCCCACAAGCGGAUCCAAAAGUCGUUAGCACUGAUAGAAAUGCUAUUAUGUCUGCUAUUAUCAAAUUUACAAGGAAACCCAAGGCAGACGGAAAUGGCAGCUGGCUUCAUUCAGAUAUGAAGACAAGUUUAUUUCAUUACCAGCUUUUGGGAGUAGCCUUCAUGCGAGAUCGUGAGAAUUCCCCAGUGGCUCCUUUUGGUGGUUUCCUGUGUGAUGAGAUGGGGUUUGGGAAAACAAUACAAGCAAUUGCCAAUAUGGUGGAUGGCAGACCAGGCCCAGACGAUAACGCAAAAACCACAUUGAUUGUUGUUCCGCCACAUUUAGUAAACCACUGUGUCACCACGUACUCUGAAGUCCGCAAGUCGUAUCCCGAGCUUGAGUUUCCCCGGAAUAAAGCCAAAGAAAGUGGAAAUCAAGCUACAUGGCGUAAAUUAUUUUAUGAAACUUGCGGUGUGCUCCACCGAACUAACUUCCAUCGAAUAAUUUUGGACGAGGCACACGAAAUUAAGAAUCAUGCAUCGAAAACAAGUUUGGCUGUGCGCAUGCUCUCAGGGCGAUUCCGAUGGAUUAUUACCGGGACCCCUGUCCACAACAAUGUUCUAGAAUUUUUUCCCUACUUCGAGUUUCUCAAAAUUCCCCAGACUGGGAAUUUUGAAAGGUUUUGCAAAAAUUAUUGCCCGAAUGGCCAAGUUAAUCACGCCCGGCUUUCCAAUCUCUUGCGAGGUUAUAUGUUGCGUCGAACCCACGAACAGACUCUUUUCGGCCUUCCCGUUCUGAAGCUUCCCGAUAUAGAUGAAAGUACGAUCACCGUACAAUUCAGCCGCGUGGAGAAAUUUCUGUACCGGGAAAUCAUCAAGUUUAUGAUGAGCUCCUACAUCCUCGGUGAUGAUGAUCAGUUUUGUUUGUCUCAAACCCACAAUGGAAAAUGGCCGCUGCUUCUCAAGCUUCGCAUGUUCACAAGCCAUUUGCUCCUGUCUCAGAAAGUGCUGCAAGAUAUAUUAACAGACAACGUGAUGAAAGAGCUACGCUCGUAUGUUGGAGACGAUGCCCAGGCCGAUGAUCUCAAGAUUAUCCAUCUCUUUGAUAAUCUUCUCUCGAAACAGCCUCUACCAACUCUUGAUGACGUGUUGGGAGCUAAAAAUGCGGUAGCAAACCCGAGGACUUUAUCGCAGGAGGAUAUCCUCGACAGAUAUAGAACUCUGCUGAAUAGUGCAGAUUGUAGCGCUGACGUGAAGAAAUGUGCACGAUGCAAGUCAUCACCGUACAUUGCCUACAUCGCAUCUUGCAUGCAUAUUUAUUGCCAUGCUUGUAUUACCAUCGUCUCGAGAGAUAGAAACAGAGUCAAGUGCUCAUGCAGUUUAGAAGUUCAUGAGUUCACAUUCUGUGAUGCAAUUCCGGCCCUCUAUCACAGCAUUAUGGAAGGCGAAGAUCCAUGCGACGAUCAGUCUUCUACUAACAGGGCUGGAAGCAAAGAGAAACCCGAGGAAAUGGGCAGCAAGAACUGGACUAGCCUUGCUGGACAUCUGAUGCCUAGCGCCAAAUUGACAUCUGUUCGAUCUUGUGUCGCUGCCUGGCUCGCAAAUGAUCCUGAGACAAAGGUCACUAUUUUCACCCAGUUCCUUGGAAUGGUGGAAAUUCUCAGCUCCAUGUGUGUCGUUGAAGGCUGGGGGCAUACAACGCUUACUGGAAAUGUGCCGCCUUCAGAGAGACACAGGGAAAUUGAGGAGUUCCGCACUGAUCCCUCAAUCCGUGUACUGAUAUCUUCUCUCAAAGCGGGAGGAACAGGCUUGAGCCUGACAAUGGCAGAGAAAUGCAUACUGAUUGAUUUGUGGUGGAACGAAGCGAUGGAGCAGCAGGCUUUUUGCCGCCUAUUUAGAUAUGGACAGAAGAAGGAAGUGGAAAUAGUUCGGAUCACAGUCAAAAACAGUAUUGAUGACCGAAUCCAGCUCAUCCAAAAUGCAAAAUCGAGCAAUAUUGAGAAGACGAUGGGCCUGGACGCGCUCGCAUUUAGGGACUCACUUGAAGAUAUUUUGAAAAUCUUUGGAGUGGUCGAGGAUGAUGAUGCGGAGGAUGGAUUCGCUUUUAUAUCGGACGACGAAGCCUGA